GGAGGGCAAGUGAUGGACACUGAGAUACAGAGGCAGUCUUGCACACACUGAGGGAGAGGGAGAUACACACAGACACAUGCUCUUCUGAAACAUCCUUAACUUCGAUUUUAAUCUUUUCAGCUUUGAUAGAUAGAUAGACACAUAGCAAGAGAGAUAGAUAGACAGGUAGAUAGAUAGAUAUGCAGCGAGGAAGGCUCCGUGGAGGGAGAGAGACAGACUACAGUAGUGAUUCAAACCCGAGAUCAAAGAAGAUGAGGAUCAAACAACAAACUACAUACUGGAGCAAAUAUGAGAUACUAGCAGUACUCCUUUCUCUCCUCUCUCUCCUCUACAUCUGUCUUCACUCUCACAGUUUUCACCUGCAUGUCACCAGACUGUACGCUGGACUGGGUCACCCCACUGCCCAGCACUUACUGGGACAGAGAUACCUGACUGGGGAGGGGGUGGAGCAGGACGGACAGACAGCCAUGGAGUGGUUCAGACUGGCUGCUGAUCAGGGACACCCACACUCCUCCUAUAACCUGGCCGUGGGGAUGAUGAGGAACAUCAGCGCAGCCAGAGAGAGAGGGGAGGUGGAAAGAUUCCUGUCAAAAGCAGCAUCUCAAGGGAUUCUAGAAGCACAGACCCUUCUAGAGCAUCUUAGAACCACAGACUGGGAUCUAGAACCCGGAACCCAAGAGGAGUGAGAACCGAGAAUAAAACUGAAACAGAAUCAAAAUCUGUAAAGCAUUUUGCUGAGACUCUUCUAGCUGUACUGCAGCGCAGCAAAUUAAUACCAUAAAUAAAACCACCUUGAA